CACUGUUAUUAAUUGCUCUGUAGUGCCGCGUUCAAGAUUUAUUAUUCAAGGAAGCUUAUUUUACGCCUAUUUUUAAUUUCAUUACUAUAAUACUGUAGAUAAAAUUUAAGAAUUUUUUUAUGUUAUCAAUAUUAUUAAUUGUUAUUGUUUAUAAUGUUUCUGAUGUCUAUUUUCAAUUACAUGUAUUAAAAUACAAACUAGGUACCAUAAUAAAUCACAAACUCAAUCGUGAUGGGCAAACAAAUGAUGUGAAUUAUGACUAAAUUGAAGAAUUAAUGAUAGUCUUGUCAAAAUUCUAAAGAGAUGGCAAAUUCAGUCAACAUUUCUAUCGAGGCUCCUAUUGAAAACCAAAUCCAGGAAAUAACCUAUGAUGGCCAAGAAAUUUACCAAGCGCCUCUGUCUAUGUCGGAGAACCUCGCUAGAUUGGCGCAAAAGAUUGACUUUUCUAAAAGUGAAGAUGAAUACUGCAAUAUUAAAAAGGAAGGUGAAACCAGCGUGGAGGUAAAGUCAGAUGAAGAUAGUAAAGAAGCAGGCUAUCAAUCCAGUCAGUGGCCAUGGGAGUCUGUGAGGAACAAGCUUCGGAAUGCCCUUACGGAAGUGUGUGUGCUAGCUGACGUGCUUAGUAUUGCUAAAGAGAAGAGAUAUAUGGUGUUAGACCCAGUUCAACCGGAGCAAGUUGAGAACCGUCCAAUGGUACAAGUCUACGGUCGUAAGAAGGCUCUCGCCGCUGCUGCCGCCGUACUCAUGGCUGGAGUGGACCGUCUCAGGGCCAGCGAGACCAUGAGAACAGCCAGAAAUAUGCCAGACUUCCACAUCGACUUGCUCAGAUUACGUCAGAACUGGCGGCUAAAAAAAGGCUCCACCGGAAUAGUCGGGGACCUCAGCUACCGCACCGCCGGCUCCAAGUUUAACCAGACCGGUGUCUUUGAGGUGACGAAGGCGGCGGAGGAGGCGACGGCGGGCGCGGGCGCGGGCGGCGGCGCGGCGCUGCGCGUGGCCGUGCCGCCCGAGCUGCAGGGCGUCGCCUUCAUCUCCGUGCUGUGCCAGAAAGAGGUGGUGUGCGGCGCAGAGCAGGAGGAGGUGGCGACGGCGGCGGCGGGCGGCGCGGCGGAGGCCGAGCUGGCGCUGCACUGGCAGCAGCGGCUGGAGGCGGCGCAGAACGUGCUGUUCUGCAAGGAGCUGUUCGCGCGCCUCGCCGCCGAGGCCGUGCAGCUCGACGCCUCCAUCCCGCACAUGGUCGUCGGCAACCAGAUCAUGGCCACGGUGCUGCCUGGUAUUCAGCUACUGAUCGGGCUGUGUCACAACAACGGACAAAAUAACUCCAAUACUCACCCGGAAAGCGUCAAGGCGGAGGGCGCGGCGGGCGGCAAGUCCGAGCACGACCACGUGCUGGAGCAUUCGCUGCACCAGCUGCUGCGCGCCGUGCACCACGCCAACACGCACCACCCCUUCCCGCACCCCGCCACCGGCCCGCUCGGGCCCUCCAAGCGGCGCUGCGUCGCAGGUACGCACUCGCUGCACACUACACUCGCUGCACACUACACUCGCUGCACACUACACUCGCUGCACACUACACUCGCUGCACACUACACUCGCUGCACACUACACUCGCUGCACACUACACUCGCUGCACACUACACUCGCUGCACACUACACUCGCUGCACCAGCUGCUGCGCGCCGUGCACCACGCCAACACGCACCACCCCUUCCCGCACCCCGCCACCGGCCCGCUCGGGCCCUCCAAGCGGCGCUGCGUCGCAGGUCCGAUGGCGGCUGAUCGGUACGAGUUGUUAGAAAUGAGCAAGGAACAGUCGCUGCUGGAGCAAAUCAUACAGCAAGCGCAGCAUUUUUUUAUGCGCAGGCGCAGCGAAUACGUCCUCGAUACCAUCGCUAAGGAGGUGAAAGACCCGCUGAUCGUGUCUCACUGGAACGCCCUCAAUAGCCCGACACAAUCGUGCGUUAAAAUCAACAUUAUGGCUUACGGGUACGACGCGGUGUGCCGCACGUCGCUGGUGGUGCACGUGGGCGAGAAGACGCUCAAGUGCAUCUGCCGCGACGGCAGGGUGCGCCACCUGUCCUACGAGCUGCAGGAGCUGCGCGACCUCAUCUACUGCCAGAUAUACCAGCACCAGAUGACGGCGGUGCAGGCGGUGGGCCGCUGCAUGGGCUGGCAGCUGCUGGCCAGCAGCUCGCAUCUGGGCUCGGGGCCCGUCGAGCCGCUGGGCAACGCGUCAUCGUGCCUUCUCGCCUCGCCUAACGGUGACAGAAUGAUAGCAAUCAGAUGUGAACCGUCGGUCGGGAUCCAAGUGUUUAUUGCACAAUCACCAAGGAAGGAUUUCUUCGCAAGUGAGCUGGUGCAAGAUAAAAAGUGGGAGAACCUCGGUGGAGCAUUCAAAGAGAUCAAACUUGAAAAAAUGGAAGGCAAAAACUUCCUAAACAAGAUGGAGCUUCUGAUGGCGUGCCUCAGUAGUCCAUCAUAGAUAAUUACUAGCUAUAAUUAAUGUUAAGUUGUCCUUUUAUAUGAACGAAUACAAUAAAACACUGAAUAUUUAUA